UUAAAACAAUCGCUUAAAAGCAUGAAUGCUGGUCUUGAACUUUGCAGAAGUGCUCUAAAGCUGUGAGCAGUCCUUCUCUCCUCCACUGCAAUGAAGACUGUUGUGUUCACUUUGCUGGCUGUGGCUGUGGUUUGCAGCACAGGUGAUGAAAUCAUUGGAGGUUACGAAUGUCCGCCCCACUCUCAGCCCUGGCAAGUGCGCCUUACUGAUGGGCGUAAAUCGUGUGGAGGAUCUUUGAUUAAUGAAACAUGGGUUGUGUCUGCUGCUCACUGCAAAUUCUUACGUUCGCGUCUCAUCAUCCGUCUGGGAAAGCACAAAAAGUCUGUUAAUGAAGCCACAGAGCAGAAGAUCGAGGUGGAGAAGAUGAUUCCUCACCUGAAAUAUAAUGAUCAGCCUCAUAACAAUGAUAUCAUGCUGAUCAAGCUGAGAAAGCCUGCCAUCUUCAACAAGUAUGUAAAGCCAAUCCCUCUGACAAUCAACUGCACUUCUGCAGGAGAGCAGUGCUUGGUUUCUGGAUGGGGCAAAACUAGAGUUGGCUCUGCUUCUGUCCUGCAGUGUUUGAAGUUGCCUGUACUCUCAAAGAUGCUGUGUAAGGAUGCAUAUGGUACAUCAAUAACUGAAAACAUGUUCUGCGCUGGAUUCAUGAAGGGAGGCAAAGACUCGUGUCAGGGGGAUUCUGGUGGCCCUGUAGUGUGCAACGGUAAACUAAAAGGAGUUGUUUCCUUUGGCAAAGGCUGUGCUCGGCCAGGCUUUCCUGGGGUUUAUGCUGAGGUGUGUCGCUACACUGACUGGAUCAAAGACAUCAUAGCUAAUAACUAACUCUAUGAUCAACCUGGGGUGCGUUUCCCAAAGCGAACUAUGGUCGCAAGUUCUGUCGUUACCAAUAGAGUUCAAUGGGACUUAUGACCAUGGUUCACCAACGAUGCUUUCGGGAAACUCACCCCUGGUCAGUCCUUUACAAGUUCAUUUUCCUAAUUAUCUGCAAAUAAAUUCAGUUUGAAGCAUG